AUGGGACAAUCAGAAAGUAAGUUAAGAAAUCGUGCAAUUGAAAGUAUACAAAGUGAAUAUGGAGUUUCAAAAUUUAAAAAGAUAAUGAAAAAAAUGAAAAAGGUUGACAUCAAUUCAAUUACCGAUUCAUCAGGUAGCACAUUAAUAAAUAUAGCAUCACAAAUGGGAAAGAAAUCAGUGAUCAUCGAAUUAAUUAAAAUGGGUGCCAAUAUAAAUAUUCCAAAUAAUUCAGGUUUAACACCAAUACAUCAUUGUGUUAUCAAUGGUGAAGAGGAAUUAGUAUCAUUAUUACUUCGUGCUGGUGCAAACCCAAAUUCUGUCACUGAAUUAUCAUUAACUCCAUUAAUUACAGCUGUUAAAAGAGGUGAUGAAAAAUUAGUCGAAAUUUUAUUUACUUGUACAACUGAUUUAAAUAAUAAUAAUAAUAAUAAUUGUAAUAAUAGUAAUAAUAAUAAUAAUAAUAAUAGGUCAGAAAAAGAAAGUACAUAUAAUUCAUCACCCACAUUGGGUGGUGCUUCAUCUUCUUCAACUUUAAAUAAUAGUGGUAAUAAUUUAUAUAAUAAUAAUAAUAAUAAUAAUGGUAUGAUAAUGAUUGAUGUUAAUUUAUGUGAUAAACAAAAGAUGACACCAUUGAUGUGGGCAGCAAAUGAAGGAAAUCAAAUUUUAGUGAAAUAUUUAUUAAAUAUGGGAGCAGAUGUGAAUAAAAGGGACGCUGUAGGGAAAACUGCCAUAUUUUUUGCGAAACAAAACUCACAUUAUCAAAUCAUUACGAUGUUAAGUGAAAAAUUUUGUAAAGUUAAUAAAAUUACAAAUAUGAAACCUUCACCAACUUCUUCAAAUAUACAACAACAACAACAACAACAACAAUCUUUAGCCGCUUCUUCUUCAAAUAAUAAUAUAUAUAAUGGGGGCAACAAUAGUAAUAAUAAUAGUAGUAAUAAUAAUAACAACAAUAAUAAUAGCAGUAAUAAUAAUAACAAUAAUAAUAGCAAUCAACCACCAACAAAUGGUGGUAAUAAUAUGUAUCAUAGCUCACAUCAUCCAACACCCCAACCUUUAAAUUCGCCUCCUUUAUUUAAUACAGCAACAGAUUCUUUAGCAUCUUCAUGGUCAUCAAGUGAUAGUGGUUUAAAUCAAUUGAACGCAAUUGAUAGUAAUAAUAAUAAUAAUAAUAAUAAUAAUAAUAAUAAUAAUAAUAAUAAUAAUAAUAAUAAUAAUAACAACAACAACAACAAUAAUAAUAAUAAUAAUAUAAAUAAUAUAAAUAAUAAUAAUGUACAAUUAAAACAACAACUAUCCAUUGAAUUAAUAGAUAGUGGAAAUAACAAAAAUAGUAAUAAUAAUAAUAAUAAUAAUAAUAAUAAUAAUAAUAAUAAUAAUAAUAAUAAUAAUAAUAAUAAUAUAAAUAGUGUAAAUAUAAAUAGCAACAACAAUAAUAAUAAUAAUAAUAAUAGUACUCAUAAGCAUAAACGUGAUAAUAGUACAUUACAUAGUACAAUAAGUUCAAGUUCAAAGGAUGACAGAUGUUGUAAAGUUUGUUGGGAAAGACCAUCAGAUACUGUUUUACUUUGGUGUGGCCAUUAUGCAAUUUGUUUCUAUUGUUCUCAAUUCCUUCAAGUUUGUCCUAUGUGUAUAGAACCAAUCGAAAGGGUUCAAAAAGUAUUUAUAUCAUAA